UGGCCCCAUUACUUGUUUUCUCUGCUUUCAAACCGAAAAUAAAACACACCGUAGAAGCAGCAGAAGCGAAGAGAUAAGCGGCUACAUUUUUUUUCCGGCAAGACGGACGGUUGAAUAAUUCUUCUCCGCUUCCUCAGGCAUUGUGGUUUUACUUCCUCGUCACUGUUGAGAUGGCUAGUACUCUGAGGAACAUCCAUGGUAAGAGAUCUAACUUCCAAUCUGAGUUUCCUGGAAAUGGAGGAAGUAAGAGAAGAAAUCUUCAUGAUGAUGAUACAGAUCACAACGUUAUUGGCUCUGAAGACACUGUGUAUCGCUACCUGUGCCCUGUGAAAAAGACUGGGAGCAUUAUCGGCAAAGGCGGUGAGAUCGCAAAGCAGAUAAGGUCCGAGACAAAGUCAAACAUGAGGAUCAACGAAACUUUGCCCGGUUGCGAGGAGCGUGUUGUUACAAUAUAUUCCACUAGCGAUGAGUUGAAUCAUUUUGGAGAAGAUGGAGAGCUUGUUUGCCCUGCUUUGGAUGCUCUUUUCAAGGUUCAUGACAUGGUUGUAGCAGACACUAAUGACAAUGAUGAUGAUGAUGAUGAGGAUCUUGUCGGAAAACAAAUGGUUACUGUGAGGAUGCUUGUGCCUUCAGACCAGAUCGGUUGCGUUAUCGGGAAAGGCGGACAAGUCAUCCAGAAGCUGCGUACAGAAACCAAUGCUCAGAUUCGUGUCAUUAAAGAUAACCUACCUCCCUGUGCUUUGACUUUGAGCCAUGAUGAGCUUCUUCAGAUUAUUGGAGAGCCUCUGGUUGUUAGAGAGGCUCUUUAUCAAGUUGCUUCUCUGCUUCAUGAUAAUCCGUCACGGUUUCAGCACUCUCUCCUUUCUUCUCCAAGUACAAUGUAUCAACCUGGAGGGAUGUUGAUGUGUGCACCAUUAACAGGCUCUCACAGAAACUACACUGCACGGAGAGACCUAGCGGACUCGACUGAGUUUUGUGUUUGUUUCAUCUGUCCAGCUGAAAAUGUUGGAGGUGUAAUAGGGAAAGGGGGUGGUUUCAUUAAUCAGAUCAGGCAAGAAACUGGUGCAACCAUUAGAGUUAAUACCUCAGAAACUGAAGAAGAUGAUAGCAUCAUUUUCAUUUCAUCAAAAGAGUUCUAUGAGGAUCAAUCACCAACGGUGAAUGCAGCCAUACGUUUACAAGAGAGAUGCAGUGAGAAAGUUGGUAAAGAUACAAAUGAUGCAACAAUCUCCACUCGUUUACUUGUGUCGAGCUCCCAUAUAGGGUGCCUCAUUGGAAAAGGUGGCGCUGUUAUAUCCGAGAUGAGGAGUGUAACACGAGCUAAUAUCCGUAUUCUUCAAAAGGAAAAUGUACCAAAAAUUGCACGUGAAGAUGAGGAGAUGGUUCAGAUUACUGGAAGUCCUGAUGCAGCUAUGAAAGCUCUUACGCAAGUAAUACUGCGAUUAAGAGCUAACGCUUUCGACAUGAAUCAUGGACUUGUCUUGCUACCAACAUCUUUCCCAUAUAUCCCUCAAGCAACUGAAUCUUCAAAGAGGUCCAAAUACGCAAAGCGUGAUGGUUCCCGAGAUCAAGACUAUAGUAAACUGAGUUCAAAUUCCAAGAGAAGAAACUAUGUUUCUUAAAGCGAGAAGGCUCAUCUUAUAAAGGUAAUAAUGGUUUUAGCACAAAAAAGAAGAAGAAAGGUAAUGGUUUAUGGUUUUCAAAUAUUAUUCAAGAGACAACAAGACUGGGAGUGUUCCACAGUUUCAGAACUUAUAUGUUGAUGUAAUUUUUUAUUACUUUGUAAUAAUUAAAAUAAAAAAGUUUGUCUAUAUAAUUCACAUAAGAUAUGUAAACAUGAGGGUGUCUUUUCAUCUUUUCCUUUGCUUAUUUAUUUGUUAUUUACUU